AUGGUGACUAGUCAUGUCACUCAAAAAAAGACAAACUAUCAUAACAAUUUAUCACCAACACCAUUAUCAUUUAAAUGUUUCAAUUUAGAAAUUGAUAAAAUGGAACAUGUACAAUUUCAGAAUAUGCAUUUAAUAUCUUAUGGAGUUUUUUCAAAUGUUUAUUAUGGUUCAAUAAUAAAUCCAAUAAAAAAACAAGUAGCAAUAAAAAAUACAUGGGUAGAUAAAAGAUGUGCAACUGGAAAGAAUGUUAUUGAAUUGGAGACUGUCAAAGAAUUAAAAAUAUUAAGUUUACUUAGAAAAGGAAAACAUAAAAAUUUAAUAAUGCUUUAUUAUUGUUUCCGUAUUAUUCCAAAACAUGGAAAUAAAAGAUGUAUAUCAAUGGUUUUUGAGUAUAUGCCAUUUAAUUUACAUCAAAUUAUAUCAAAAAAUAAAAAACCUUUAUCAGAUUUUGAUAUAAAAUUAUAUACAUGGCAACUUUUUAGGGCACAAAAUUAUAUGGAACAAUUAUGUAUUGCUCAUAGAGAUAUCAAACCUCAUAAUAUUUUAGUUGAUCCUGUUAGUGGAUUAUUAAAAGUAGGUGAUUUUGGAAGUUCAAAAUUAAUUGAAAGUGGUUCUAAAAGUCUUAGUUACAAUGUUACACGAUAUUAUCGUCCCCCAGAAUUAUUACUUGGUUCUGAAAAAUAUAAUAUUCGAAUUGAUGUUUGGAGUUGUGGAUGUGUAAUGGGAGAAAUGAUGAAAGGUAAUAUAUUAUUAAGAGGUAAAAAUACUAAUGAUCAAAUGAGAUUAAUAUAUGAAUGCUUAGGAGAAUUAUCAAUUGAAGAUAUUGAAAUAAUGAAAAUUAAUAAAGAAAAAAAAGAAAUUCUUGAUAAUGAAGAAGGUAUACUUAAAGCAAUAUCAUUAGGAAAUUUAAAAAAAAAAGAUGAUGUUAAUCCAUAUAAACAUCUUUUUCCACAAAAUGUUAACAAAGAUUUAAUUAAAUUAUUAAAAAAAGUUUUAGUAUAUAAUCCAAAUAAAAGAUUAUCUGGUAGUAAAUUUCUUCAAAAUAAAAUAUUUCGAGAACUUUUUGAAAAAGAUGUUAAAAGAAAUGAUAAACCAUUUACUUUACUAACAAGAGAUGAUUUAAUUGAUGGUAUUGAUGGAGAUGUUAAAUGCCUUCAAAGAACAGUAGAAUCAGCAACAAUCUCUUUAAAUUUAAGUCAAGAAAUCAAAAAUAAUGAACAACAUUAA